UUCGCAGAUUGCGUGACGUGGGUUGAGUUCACUAUGGCUGCGGAGAAAGUUAAAAAAUGUGAACUUGUCACAAAAGUUAUGGAAGACGAUAAAACAUAUGGCUUCGGCAUCAGACACCUUCAGGUGGCGUCGAUGACCUUGGUGGUGAUAGCGCUCAUGGGUGCUCGCGCGAGCAUGGGGGUCGCAGUGCUGGCCAUGUCGGAUGAGAGCCGAAGGAAUGAUACUGGUAUCGAGAUCUACGAGUGGGAUAAAAAGACACAGAGUGUUAUCCUCUCCUCCUUCUUCUGGGGCUACGUGCUGAUGCAAGUUCCAGCUGGUAUCCUCGCGAACAACUUCGGAGGGAAACCUAUUCUUCUGUUCGCUUUGCUAGCCAACAUGACGAUAUGCACGUUGGUUCCAACUCUUGCAGCUGUGGGCGGAUGGAUGCUAGUGUGCGCAUGUCGUAUGGGCAUGGGCCUAUCUCAGGCCUGCCUGUUCCCAGCCUCGCAGGCCUUGCUGGGCCAGUGGUUGCCCGAAAACGAGAGGACUAGCUACACUGGUGUUGUGAUGGGAGGAAUUCAACUUGGGACCGUUAUUGCUAUGCCCAUUUGUGGGCUCCUUGCUGAGACGGCUCUGGGAUGGAAGAUGAUCUUCUACGCUUUCGCUGGCUUCCUCUUCAUUGUCUCUGCUAUAUGGUACUGGUCAUCUGCCAACUCCCCGAGGGAGCAUCGCAUGAUCAGUGAAGAAGAACGGCGGUACAUUGAAGCUCUAUUAAAUGUUUCUGAAAAUAAGAAGCCACCGACCCCAUGGAGGCACAUCCUCCGCUCUCUCCCUAUGUGGGUGCUGCUGGCGCCGCACUUCGGCUUUGUGGCCAGCUUCAGCAUGUUCUUCGUCGACACUCCCACCUUCAUGGAGAAGGGACUCAAGAUCUCGCUGAAGAACAGUGCCCUAUUAUCUGCAUUACCGUACGUGGGCAUGUGGGUGGGGACCAUAUUCUCGUCGCUGCUCUCUGAGAAGCUCAUCAACAAAGGGCUGCUGAGUAUCACUGCUGCUAGAAAAGUAUUUCAGUCACUCGCUCUUGGUGGUGCUGCGGCAGGGCUGGUAGUGCUCGGAUAUUUGGACGUGGAUAGUAAAGUACUGGCGAUUAUGGUUCUUAUAAGCAUCAUGACUAUGUGUGGUUUUACCUCUGCAGGAGUGAUUGUAAACGAACUGGACCUAUCCCCGAAUUACGCAGGAGUGAUCGUGGCGCUGCUGAACUUCCUCGCCAAUUUUGCGAGCAUCCUGAUGCCCAUCGCUACUGGAUACAUUUUGAAUAACGAUCCUUCCGACCUGACCCGGUGGCGCAUCGUGUUCCUCAUAAUGGCAGCCAUCAGCGUGGCCAUGCUCGUCAUCCACGUUCUCUUCGGCACCAGCGAGCGCCAGGAGUGGGAUGACCCUAACUUCUUGAACAAGGAGAAUGGUGAUCCAGAGGAGAUGAAACCCGUACUGACAGGUGAUGAAAAGCAAGAAAUGAAGUUGAAGCCUCUAGAUGCGAAAAAAUGAAUAAUAAGUUAUUUGUUACAUUCCUGAAUCCUCAC